ACCUGCAGCCAGUCACUGUGGGUCUCAUUUUCCUCACCUGUAACCUCACAGGGAUUUGGGGAAAUUGAUCUGAGAUAAUUUGGGGCAAAGCUUCUACUUAGUACCUGGCCUCCGUUAUGGGUACUCAACAUAUACUAGCUUCCAUCCAGUGCUCCUUAUCGCCAAAACACUUGAGUACAUUUAGGAUCUAAUAGGUGAAACUGUGAGAGAAGGGAAGACUAAGGCAAAAAAGGAAGGCCCAGCUGUUCAUAGUCUGAUGGGAAAGUGGGCUACAUGCCUCGUGGAAAACACCCAACAUAAGAGAGAAGCACAUAAACAAGGAGCAGCUGUUCAGACCUGGAGAGCUUCCUGGAGUUGCCCUAGUGAUGGCUUCCUGGUAGGCUGGGAAGGAGAAGGGAAGGAACUUGUGUUGGGGGAGAGGAGCAGAGAGGUGCUGCAGGUAUACAUCAUUAACGUGACCUGGUCCGACUCCACGUCCCAGACCAUCUACCGGAGGUACAGCAAGUUCUUUGACCUGCAGAUGCAGCUUUUGGAUAAGUUUCCCAUCGAAGGUGGCCAGAAGGACCCCAAGCAGAGAAUCAUCCCUUUCCUCCCAGGCAAAAUCCUCUUCCGGAGAAGCCACAUCCGGGACGUAGCUGUGAAGAGGCUGAAGCCCAUCGAUGAGUACUGCCGGGCACUUGUCCGGCUGCCACCCCAUAUUUCACAGUGUGAUGAAGUCUUUCGGUUCUUUGAGGCCCGACCGGAGGAUGUCAACCCACCGAAAGAGGACUAUGGCAGUUCCAAGAGGAAAUCAGUGUGGCUCUCCAGCUGGGCUGAGUCUCCUAAGAAGAACGUGACAGGUGCCGACACCCACGCCGAGCCCAUGAUCCUGGAACAGUACGUAGUGGUGUCCAACUAUAAGAAGCAGGAGAACUCAGAGCUGAGCCUCCAGGCCGGAGAGGUGGUGGAUGUCAUCGAGAAGAACGAGAGCGGCUGGUGGUUCGUGAGCACCUCUGAGGAACAGGGCUGGGUCCCUGCCACCUACCUGGAGGCCCAGAAUGGAACUCGGGACGACUCAGAUAUCAACACCUCCAAGACUGGGGAAGUGUCCAAGAGACGCAAGGCCCAUCUGCGGCGCCUGGAUCGCCGGUGGACCCUGGGCGGGAUGGUCAACAGGCAGCACAGCCGAGAGGAGAAGUAUGUCACCGUGCAGCCUUACACCAGCCAAAGCAAGGACGAGAUUGGCUUUGAGAAGGGCGUCACCGUGGAGGUGAUCCGGAAGAAUUUGGAGGGCUGGUGGUACAUCAGAUACCUGGGCAAAGAGGGCUGGGCACCAGCAUCCUACCUGAAGAAAGCCAAGGAUGACCUGCCAGCACGGAAGAAGAAUCUGGCAGGCCCGGUGGAGAUCAUCGGGAACAUCAUGGAGAUCAGCAACCUGCUGAACAAAAAGGCGUCCGGGGACAAGGAGACCACCCCAGCUGAAGGCGAGGGCCCAGAGGCCCCCAUCACCAAGAAGGAGAUCAGCCUGCCCAUCCUCUGCAAUGCUUCCAACGGCAGCGCCCUGGGUGUCCCCGAGAGGACCGUCUCCAAGCUGGCCCAGGGCUCCCCAGCCGUGGCCAGGAUUGCCCCUCAGAGGGCCCAGAUCAGCUCCCCGAACCUCAGGACAAGGCCUCCCCCUCGCAGAGAGUCCAGCUUGGGGUUCCAGCUGCCAAAGCCGCCAGAGCCCCCUUCUGUUGAGGUAGAGUACUACACCAUUGCCGAAUUCCAGUCGUGCAUUUCUGACGGGAUCAGUUUUCGAGGCGGACAGAAGGCAGAGGUCAUCGACAAGAACUCGGGUGGCUGGUGGUACGUGCAGAUCGGUGAGAAGGAGGGCUGGGCCCCGGCGUCGUACAUCGAUAAGCGCAAGAAGCCCAACCUGAGCCGCCGCACGAGCACUCUGACGCGGCCCAAGGUGCCCCCACCGGCACCACCCAGCAAGCCCAAGGAGGCCGAGGAGGGUCUGGCAGGCGCUGGUGAGAGCCAGGACUCCCCGCCGAGGCUCAGGUACGAGGAGCCCGAGUAUGACAUCCCUGCCUUUGGCUUCGACUCAGAGCCAGAGCUGAGUGAGGAGCCCGCAGAGGACGGCGGCUCGGGGGACAGGCGGCCCGGCCAGCCCCGCAGGCCCUCGCCCGCCUUCUCGCUGCAGCGCGCCCGCUUCAAGGUGGGCGGAUCCGCAGAGGACGUGGCCCUGGAGGAGGAGACCAUCUAUGAGAACGAGGGCUUCCGGGCAUGUGCAGAGGAUGCCCUGUCGGCCAGGCGCUCCUCCCGGGACAGUGACUCCCCAGGCGGCUCCCCGCUGUCCCUUGCCAGGAAAAACUCCCCCAAAUCGGGCUCCCCCAAAUCGUCGUCGCUCUUGAAGCUCAAGGCAGAGAAGAACGCCCAGGCGGAAUUGGGGAAGAACCACUCCUCGGCCUCCUUUUCCUCGUCCAUCACCAUCAACACCACCUGCUCUUCCUCUUCCUCCUCUUCCUCCUCAUCCCUGUCCAAGAACAGUGGGGACCUGAAGCCCCGUUCUGCCUCGGACGCAGGCAUCCGCGGCACUCCCAAGGUCGGAGCGAGGAAGGAUGCUGACCUGAAGACUGGGCUGACCUCCUGUGCCCGGGCCAAGCCAUCAGUUCGGCCCAAGCCGUUCCUGAACCGCACAGAGUCCCAGAGUCAAGAGAAGAUGGACAUCAGCACUUUACGGCGCCAGCUGAGGCCCACUGGCCAGCUCCGCGGUGGCCUCAAGGGCUCCAAGAGCGAGGAUUCGGAGCUGCCCCCCCAGAUGGCCUUCGAGGGUCCCAGUGAGGGCUCCAGGAGAGGCUCGGCCGACCUCAUCACCCUCCCUGCUGCCACACCCCCGUGUCCCACCAAGAAGGGGUGGGAAGGGCAGGCCACCUCCUACACGACAUGUAGCGCCUACCAAAAGGUCCAGGACUCGGAGAUCAGCUUCCCGGCAGGCGUGGAGGUGCAGGUGCUUGAGAAGCUGGAAAGUGGCUGGUGGUACGUGAGGUUUGGGGAGCUGGAGGGCUGGGCCCCCUCCCACUAUUUGGUGCUCUGUGAGAACGAGCAGUUCGACCCCCCUGGCAAAGAGCUGGACACAGUGGCCACCAAGAGCAAGCAGAACGAGGGCAAGUCAGACAGCCUGGAAAAGAUCGAGAAGCGGGUCCAAGCGCUGAACACUGUCAACCAGAGCAAGAGGGCCACGCCGCCCAUCCCCUCCAAGCCUCCCGGGGGCUUCGUCAAGACCUCGGGUGCCGGGGCGGUGAAGAUGAGAAAUGGCGUGCGGCAGGUGGCCGUGAGGCCCCAGUCGGUGUUCGUGUCCCCACCGCCCAAGGACAGCAACCUGUCCUGUGCCCUGAGGAGGAAUGAGUCGCUGACGGCCACCGACGGCCUCCGAGGCGUCCGCCGGAACUCCUCCUUCAGCACCGCCCGCUCGGCAGCCGCAGAAGCCAAGGGCCGCCUGGUCGAACGGGCCGCCAGCCAGGGCUCGGACCCUCCUCUGCUGCCCACUCAGCGCAACGGCAUCCCGGUGUCCCCUGUGCGCCCCAAGCCCAUUGAGAAGUCCCAGUUCAUCCACAACAACCUCAAAGACGUGUACGUCUCGAUCGCAGACUACGAGGGGGACGAGGAGACGGCGGGCUUCCAGGAGGGCGUGUCCAUGGAGGUCCUGGAGAGGAACCCCAAUGGCUGGUGGUACUGCCAGAUUCUGGACGGGGUGAAGCCCUUCAAAGGCUGGGUGCCCUCCAACUACCUGGAGAAAAAGAACUAAUGAGGGGUGUUGGGGGGGGGGGGCGAAGUCCUUCCAGCCUCAGUAUGGGUGAGCUGUGAGAUAAGACAAAAGGGAAAGGGAAAAUGGGAGGGGGUGGGGAGGACAACGUUAAACCUGCAGAAUGUGGGACCUCGAAGACACUCCCCUCCAGGCUGGCCCCCAGCUGGAAGGUAGGGUCCGGCGGGGGCCCACAUGGAGCAGGGAGUGGAAGGGGCAGGGGUGUCCUGGGCCUGGAACCAGAGGCAAGAAAGCUGAGCCUCACAUGUGCACCCUGGGGACUUUGCUGAUGGACUCGGCACCAUUUGGGACAGGCCACGUAGGAAACCCCAAUUUGUGCCUUGGCUGCAAAUCUGGAAAAGGUGUGGUUGUGCGGGCCUCCCGUGCCCUGCCCCUGCCUAGCCUGGUUUCCAUUGCUGGCAUCUUGUAGUAGCCCCGGAAGUAGCCCUUGUAUCAUCCUUAAUCUAUGUUUGUGAUUUAUGCUGGUUUCCCAGGAAUCGCUGCUGCCUGCCACGGGUGGGUGUGGUAGGAGAUACCACUGGCUCCGGGGCUUGGAGGCAUCUCCUGUGAGCUCAGGCUGUCCCUGGGCCAGGCCACUGUGUCUUGUUAGUUGAAGAAAAAGCAGUUCCCCAGCUGCCAGCAAGGACCACCAUUCUUAGCCGUCACUGCUGCUGGCCUUGAGAAGAGAGAGCCUCCCCUGCCUGGGGCACCCCUGUGGAGGACCCCCAGCCCCAGUGUUGACAGAGAGGGCAGGCAGAGCUGUCGGUCUUUUCACAGUCUGCACAGACUUUAUUUUGGAUAUUUCUGGGUGGGCAGUUCUUUUGCAAGUUUGGGGAGAGGUGUAUUGCUUUGGGCCUUCUAUGUCAGGCCUUGGGUUUUGGUCUUAUUUUAGGAGUUGUUUGGGGACCCAAGGGCGGUCAGCCUCACGGGACGGGAUGGGUAGUGCAUGGCCUUUCUAUCAUACUCUUGUGGGGAGGUUGUUUGGUUUGUGUUUUGCAUUCUUCCCUCCACAAGCCAAAGUCGCUUCAUUUGGUUUCCACUGUGUGGACAGUACCGGUGCUUGCCAGAGGGAUCUCGGGCUGGAGGAGCCCCGGUCCCAGCCGUGACAAAGCAGAGACGCUGUUCUCCUGGUUCUUGUGCAACCUCAGCAGGGCAGAACCCUCAGCAGGGAGGAGGGUGGUGUUCAGGAGAGGGGCAGCGUACGUUCUCCUGCCUGGGCAGGGCCCGAAGCCUUAUGUGAAGGCUGUGGAGAAGCAGCCAUCGCCCUCACCCUGGGCAAGGGGAGCCUGCUGGGCGGACACCACCAGCCACCCCCUGGCCUGCAAGCAAUGCCGCAGGUGCCCGAGGAGACGGAGAUCCCCGGGGCCAGGAGCCAGUCUGGUCUUUCCGAGGGGCAGUGCCCCUGCGAAGAGAGAAGGGAGAGAAUGACGUCCCUGUCAACUCUGGGUGGUGUCUUUCAGUCGACACUUCAGAGGCCAAACCGGCUUCCCCAAGGACUCACUCUUCACUGGGAGUGGAUUUCCACACGUGCCUUUGAUUGUGGACAGAUCAGGCUUCACUGCCCCCGACUCAGCUGCCAGAUCCUGGACUAAGGAGGAAAGGCCUUCCCUCGGCCCACACUCCCCCGCCAGGCAGCGUAUGAUGCCUGAAGAACAGCGGGGGACCCGCGCCUCGUGCCCUCAGCCCCCAGCCGCCCCGCCCUCCUCCUUCGCCGUACACUGACGCCUGGCAGCCGUAGCAAACUGCUCCCGUUCUAUGUUGAAAGGGCCGUGGUUACUCACUUCCCCUACCCGCUCCAAAUACUUUGCAUUCUCAAUCGAAAAUGAAAACAAUCUGAGAGACAGGAAAAGUGCAAUAUUAUCAAGAGGGAUGCCAGGGCUUGUUGGGACAGUGGCGGGAGAGCCAGCAACCCCAUCUCUCGCUAGGGGAGGUGGGGCUCCUGGAAGGAGUCGUAGCUGUGGAGCCUAUAGAUGACCUGGCCCGAGCGAGGCGUGAGCCCUGCCUCUGCCCAACACCCCGACAGUCCCCAGAAGGUCUUGGAGAAGCGUCGGAGGAGCCUGCUGAGGUCCCUGCAGACAGAACUUCCCACAACAGCUAAUGGGCUGGACCUCAGGAGGCAAGAGAGAAAGGAAGAAUUAUCGUUUUAAAGCAAAAGUAUGGAUCGAGCACGUUGGAGGUGAGUGAGAGGCACGUCGGCGAGAUGAGUGUGCGCGUCUUUGGGGUGUCUGGGGCUUACCGCCCCUUCCCCAAGAAGGAGGCUUCCAGAAGAGGAGGUCUGCUAGGCAGAAAGGGAAGAGUAUGAGAAGGUUGAGAGAGGGUUUGGAGUCUGGAGUUUUGUCUUCAUUAGAAAGAAGGAGGAAGUCUAUUCUGAGUGUUUCAGGAAGAAGCGAGCAGGUAGGGAGGGAAUUUAGUGAUUCGACACCCAAGGGUCCAGCCAGAACAGGUUGCGAAAGCCCCAAGAUUUGGCUGUAGAAGAAGCUGGCCUCAGGAAACAGCUACUUGCUGGGCCACAAGCUGGGUCCCCAGCGGGUUCUUAAUGGUCAUUGAUUUACUUAGUGGAAAGCGGGAAGUUGCCAGCAACAAACCAGUCUUUGAGUUUGAGGCCCUGGCUCCGGAACAUUCAUCCAUCUCUCAGGUUCCAGGCUGGGUUUGCCCACCUCCCUUUGUCCAAUCCAGAGCUAGCCUCUCAAAUUGCUCGAAUCAGAGACCAGUGACCAUAAUGGGUCAUGUAGUAGGGAUCCACCGCCCCCAAACUGGAACCUUGGGGUCCAGACAUCAUCAAGCAUAUCUGGGAGGAAGACAACUUCGUUUGCUCUUCUGUUGACACCAGUUAUUCUUAAGUGUCUCUACUGAUGCCUGUGGUGGUUCAGUUUGCUGAGCCUGCCUCAGUGGUGUAACUUAGAAGAUGGAGUGCAGUGCACUCAUGUUUAGUGGCCUGUGACCAAGGCAUACAGCUCUUAAGCAUUUCAGAGAAAGAAGGGUAAACAGAGCCACCAUUCUUGAAUCUACAGCUUGUUCUCUGCAACAGGUUUUCUUUAAAUCCAGGACACAGGACGGCAAAAGGGUUUCAGGGCCAGUUUACAGGAGGUCUGCAUGAAGGUGACUUCUGAACGAGGCAGAUGUUAGUGGCAGAAUCACCUCCUGAUUCUCCCUGCCACAAGAAAACAUAUCCAGCUGAGUGGCAAAAGCCACAUCGCCCCAAAUGAAACAUGAACUGCAGGGUCCGGUACCUCUGAGGACACUGGAGGGGUGGGGGGACAGAUUUGCACAUCCGCAGCGCUGGAUAAUCUUUAACCACGGGUCAGCCUGCAGCCGCCCAGCCGCCUGGCAGAUCUCUGCCGGCCCCUGUUUGGAAGGCGCGCCAACCCAUUUACUGUGUCCACAAACAUCCUCCUGCCGGUCCGCAGCUGGCAAGGAGCAGGCAAAGGAGCCAGGAGGACGGGUACGUGGCUUGGAUGGGCGAGGGGUUUCUCCACCCUUCUGGGCAGUGCCCUGAGCCCACACCACCUCCACACUCUCCAUGUAAACCCAACCACGGGAAAGCUAGGAGAAACACACACACUUUCUGAGGCUCGGGGAGGGAAGGGCAGGAUGUCCCAGAAUCACUCAGAGUCAUAGACUCUUCGGUUUAUAGAAUCUUCAAGCCACAGGAUCUUAGAUGUAUAGAUUCUCAGAAUCAUCUGGUCUGGUGGUUCUCAAACUCUUUUUUUUUUUCAAGCAGUGGAAUCAUUCAUCCAAUGGAACGGAAAACUCUGCUUAAAGUCUAAGAGGCGGCCACAGAGCCCUGCCACUCAGCUGCCUCAGAGAUGCCUCUGUGGAAUCCCAGUGCUCCAAGGAACCCAGCUGGAGAACCACAGAUCUUGUUCCAAGAAACAGUUUAGAUCGCAUGGUUUGACUUUCAUCCAGACACAGGGACUUGGUUUUAAGGCUCCCUCUUCCAAGGCGCAAACUGGCAGGGGAUUGUCUAUUUUGGUGGUGUUUCUAGAUAUUCUUUUUUAACCGAAAAAGACAGCCCUUCCCAUUUGUAUAAACACUUUUACAUAUGUGAGCCUCACAGAAUAUCUGUGAGGUACAUGGUGCAUGUAUAAUUAUGUCCAAAUAACAGACAAGGCGGUUGAGGCAUAGAGACGCUGAGAGACUUGCCCAAAGCUAGGGAAUGGCCAAGUGGAGUCGAUUCAGUCAGAUCUCCUGCUUCUGAAAUGACGGCUUUGUCCCCAAUACUGCAAGGCCCCAGCUCCUCCCCUACACACACCCCACUCUGGGCCACCAGGUCUCUCCAAGGUCCCCAGAACUAUAUCUUGGGCCAAAGAGAUACUAGAUGGAAACACAUAAAAUAGCCAUUUCUGGACAUUACAAACAGUCAAAUAUUGGCAAUUAUAUAUGGUUGCACUUUAUAUAUAUUCAUUCUGGUAGAAAACUAGAGCACACUGUGAAGAACAGAAUCAAACAAAGCCCUCAGGAGCCUUCAGGGAACUACAAGGCAGGCAGACCUACCCUCACCACUGAAACAGGACGCUGGGCACCCACUGCCCCUCUUCGACUCUGCCGGGGCCCUGGUGGCCUAUCUGUGCCCAACACAUAUGGCUGAUCCCUGAUGCCUGGAGCUCUCACAAGCUCUAUUCUGGGAGACAUAAGGGGGCCAAAAUCCCCACCCUUGGCGGGGUAUCUAGAUGUAAUAGGGAGACCAGAGAGACUCAUAUUUAGAGAAGCUGAGAGUUAAUGUAGCCCACACUUCUGGGCUCAAGUCCCAGCUCCACCAAGCUGUGUGACCAUGGACAAGUUAUCAGACCUCUCUGAGCCUCUGUUUCCUUAUCUGCAAAAUAGGUACAGUAAUAACUUUCUUUAUAAUACAGACAAAGAGGAUUUCUACUGUAUUCUUAAAGAGGACAAUACAUGAUGAUGCAGAACUGCUGAUACUGCUUAGACCUCCACUCGCUUCAGGAAGAGGAAGGGUCACGAAGAACACGGUAAGUCAAGGAAGGCUCCCUGGUGGAGGGGAGGGUUUGGUACUGGGCCUUGAUAUAACUGGCAGAAUUUGAGGUGAGCAAAAAAGAAGCACCUGGAAGAGUCUCCGAAGCAGAAAGAAUAGCAAGAUUUUUUUUUUUUUUAACUAAGAAGAAAUGAAAACCAUCAAAAAGGAAGAAAUCACUAUCAGCAUCCUCAGCUCUUUCUCCAUCCCAAGAGCUUGGCUCGGGCUCCUUAAGCCAAUAUUUGCCUCUCAGCCCCUGGCAGCCACAGCUGAAGGAAGUCCUUCUGGAUUGCUCCCCAGCUGCACCCUCCCCCCCAGUUUUAUUCUUCAGCCACACUUUUUUGUAGUAUUGGAUUUAGGUCACCUCAGAGCAGUCAUAUGGCAUGUCCCCCAAUAUAAACACUCUUUAAGGAGAGGGGCUGGGUUUCCAAUUCAAGUGUCUCCUCCGACCCCUGCACAGCACCUAGGCUGUGGUGGGCACAGCGGGGUGCACAGGAACACCCUACAAAUGGAUUCCUGGCUCACCAGCUUUCUGCCAGGAUCCACAGCUGCUCUUCCUGAACCAACACUUCUGAGAGGAGGAGGGAGACCUUGAAAACUGGGAUAGGAACUUAUCUCUCCAAGUAUUAAUCACCCCAUAAAACUUGUAUUUAUUUAGUUGCUGGCAGGUCCUUCUUCCUGGAGGUAGGAAGCUGUUAUUCUUGGAGAUACCAGCCUGGGCUUGGGCCAGGGUGCCCGGAGGGAAGAGGGUGAUCUGCUGUGAACCCCAGCGUAACAGGGAGCCUGGAAGGCCUGAAGCAGGUCUGCUGGGGCCAUGGCACGGGCGUCAGGGGGCCUAGGUGAUGGUUAGGGCAGUUGGGGGCCGGGGAUGGGGACCCCACCUGGAAGUGUCAAUCAGGGAGAGACACCAGCCCUUACCUCCACUCUGUGGCGGGAAGACGGCCAAUGUGUCCACAGCCUGACUUGUGGACCUACUAUGUGUCAGGGAGCCCAGGAUGUCUCUGGGCUGAGGAGCUUGGAGGGCUUUGGCCACAGGUUCCAGGUGGAGGCAAGAGGGGAGGGGCCAGGCCUCUGGCAG